AUGUUCUUUACGUGUUACAAAGGCAGUGCACACGUGGCCCUUCGUUGGGAGUCGAUCGACUACGCUUUGAACAAUCCACGCGGGAAGAUGUUGUACCAGGCGCUCGUGAAGCACGAACGGGAACUCGGCCGCUCAACAAUCCCAGACGAAACAUUUUUCUCCAUAUUGAAUCACAAUCCGGAUGUGUUCCCUAUCCCCGGUGCGUUUACCGGUGUCCACGAAGAACAUACGGCUAUUCCGUUGGCCAGAGCGAAAAUCUGGUCCGACUUUAACUUGCCUUGUGGUAGUGGACACUGGCAACGUUCGAUAUGCAUUUUUGGACUGGCCGACCUGCCGUACCUGUUCAAGCAACCGCAUUUCUUCGCUAACAAAUUUUUACCGAAUGUCGAACCAUGGGCCUACGACCUGUUGGAAUUGUGGUACGCGACAAAAGUUCACAACGAGACCAUUUACGGUCACUUGUCGGAUUCAUUUAAUAGCUCUUAUUACCAUGCAUCCCCGUACGCAACAGCACAUUUGUAA